CGAGUCCUGUGUGUUUUUUACGUUUGUGUCCUUACCAUCACCAUCAUCAUUAUCAUCAUAAUUUUUCGGGUUCUUUAAACAAAGAAUCGUGGUCUAUGAUGCGCGAUCGGCUUGCCUCGCUGAUUGUGGUGAAGCAAGAGGGCGGCAGUCAACCAAAUAUUAGCCACCAUCAGCCGUCGGCCAUUAAGUGCGAGGCCUCACUGUACACGGCCAGCAGUCUAUUCCAAGAGAUCAACAAUAAUUCCUGCUACAGACAGAACCUUAAUUCGCCGGCACACAAUCAGCAGCAGCAACACCAGCAACAUACAGCACACCAGCAACAUACAGCACAGCAGCAACACUUACACCAGCAACACCUACUGCCGCCACCUCUGUCGACUUUGCCUUUGAUUUAUCCCUGCCGCAAUCUCUUUCCCGACGGUUGCGAUAUCAAUCACCUGGCCUGCUGCAGUUCCUCCAACUCCAACUCCGACUCCACCUCCACAUCCACUUCACCCAACAACAGCCACUUUUUUGCCAAUGGAAACAACACGUGUGCAGCAGCAAUAACAGCAGCAGCAGCAGCAGCAACAUUAGCCACUGAGCCGAGGAAAAUAAAACCACUCGUUGCGGGGAAACUGAAAGUCGAGAAAACUGACAGCAACAGCAACAGCGACAGCCGAGCAACAGUAGCUGCCAGCACCUCGGCAACAUCUGCGACAGCGACGACAAUUGCUGUUACAGCAGCAACAUCAGCAGGAACCGCAGGAGGAGCAGCAGCAGCAACUGCAACAUCAACGGCAGCGGCGACAGCAGCAAUCCACACAACCAAAAUCAGCCAACUGAGGCUAAAUACCCAAGCGACAAACAGCAUGUUACUUUUGCAACCUAAUAGCUCCUUUAGUUCAUUGUCGCCCUUCGAUAAUUUCUCCACGCAAACCGCAUCGACGACCACCACAACGUCGGCAUCGGCAGCUGGACACCACCAAAUCCACCAACACCACCUCCUCCAUCAGCAACAUCACAACCAGCAGCAGCAGCAGCAGCAGCAACAACAGCAGCAGCAGCAGCAACAGCAACAGCAGCAACAACAGCAGCAGCAGCAGCAACAUCUGCAACAGCAACAUCAGCAACACCUUGUGAGCCCGCAGCAACACCUGCUCAAGUCGGAGACGCUGCUCUCCCAUGAGGAGGAUCAGUUGAUCAGCAACCUGACCGACGCGUCUGUGGUCUCCCACAGCGAACUCUUCUCGGAUCUCUUCUUCCCCUCGGACUCGAACAACUCCCUGCUCUCCCCGACCACCAGCGGCUAUCCGGACAAUCCCGCCGAGGACCUAACCAGCUCCAUUGAGAAUCUCACCAAGUUGACCUGCCUGCGGGACAAGCGGCUAUCCUCGAUCCCCGAGCAGCAACUGAGUUCCGAGCAGGAGCAGCAACUCUGUCUGCUGAGUCUGCGUUCCAGCAGCGAUCCGGCUAUUGCAUUGCAUGCCCAGCAGCAGCAGCAGCAACAGCAACAGCAGCAGCAGCAACAGCAACAGCAGCAGCAGCAACAGCAACACCAGCAGCAGCAGCAACAACAUAAUAAUCUCCAGCUGAUCUCGCCCAUUGGAGGGCCCUUAUCCUGUGGCAGCAGUUUGCCCAGCUUCCAGGAGACCUACUCUCUGAAGUACAACAGCAGCAGUGGGAGCAGCCCCCAGCAGGCAUCCUCCUCCUCCACCGCCGCCCCCACGCCCACUGACCAGGUGCUGACCCUCAAGAUGGACGAGGACUGCUUCCCGCCGCUUUCCGGCGGCUGGAGUGCCAGUCCGCCUGCUCCUUCGCAGCUCCAGCAGUUGCACACCCUCCAGUCCCAGGCACAAAUGUCGCAUCCCAACAACAGCAACAACAAUGGGGGCAACGGCAACAACAACAACAAUAGUGGGAGCUACAACUACCAUGGGCACUUUAAUGCCAUCAAUGCCAGCGCCAAUCUUUCGCCCAGCUCCUCCGCCAGCUCCCUAUAUGAAUACAAUGGCGUUUCCGCAGCGGACAACUUUUACGGACAGCAACAGCAACAGCAGCAGAGCUACCAGCAACAUAACUACACCUCGCACAAUGGCGAGCGUUACUCGCUGCCCACGUUCCCCACGAUUUCUGAGUUGGCUGCGGCCACGGCGGCUGUGGAAGCAGCGGCGGCGGCCACCAUCUCCUCCCCCUCAUUGGGUGGUCCACCACCCGUUCGACGGGCAUCGCUGCCGGUUCAGCGGACUGUCUCACCGGCCGGUUCCUCAGCGCAGAGCCCCAAGCUGGCCAAGAUCACGCUGGGCCAGAGGCACACCCAUGCCCAUCCCCUCCAGCUCAGCUCGGCUCCCAAUUCGGCGGCCAGUUCGCCGGCCAGUGCGGAUCUCCAGGCGGGACGCCUCCUCCAGGCUCCGUCGCAAUUGUGUGCCGUUUGCGGCGACACCGCCGCCUGCCAGCACUAUGGAGUGCGAACCUGCGAGGGCUGCAAGGGAUUCUUCAAGCGGACCGUCCAGAAGGGCUCCAAGUACGUUUGCCUGGCGGACAAGAAUUGUCCGGUGGACAAGAGACGUCGCAAUCGCUGUCAGUUCUGUCGAUUCCAAAAGUGUCUGGUUGUGGGCAUGGUCAAGGAAGUGGUGCGCACGGAUUCGCUGAAGGGACGCCGCGGAAGGUUGCCAUCGAAACCGAAAUCUCCCCAAGAAUCGCCACCAUCGCCGCCCAUCUCAUUGAUCACGGCGCUGGUGCGCAGCCAUGUGGACACCACACCGGAUCCCUCGUGUCUGGAUUACAGCCAUUACGAGGAGCUGUCGAUGAGCGAGGCGGAUAAGGUACAACAGUUCUACCAACUGCUGACCAGUUCCGUGGAUGUGAUCAAGCAGUUCGCCGAAAAGAUUCCCGGCUAUUUUGAUCUCCUGCCGGAAGAUCAAGAACUGCUCUUCCAGAGCGCCUCGCUGGAAUUGUUUGUCCUGCGGUUGGCCUAUCGGGCCAGGAGCGACGACACCAAGCUGAUCUUCUGCAAUGGCACGGUGCUACAUCGCUCGCAGUGCCUGCGAUCCUUUGGCGAGUGGCUCAACGACAUCAUGGAGUUCAGCCACAGCCUGCACAACCUGGAGAUCGACAUCUCCGCCUUCGCCUGCCUCUGCGCCCUAACCCUGAUCACAGAACGCCAUGGCCUGCGGGAGCCGAAGAAAGUGGAGCUGCUGCAGAUGAAGAUCAUCGGCAGUCUGCGGGAUCAUGUCACCUACAAUGCCGAGGCCCAGAAGAAACAGCACUACUUCAGCCGCCUGUUGGGCAAGCUGCCCGAACUGCGAUCCCUGAGCGUCCAGGGACUGCAGCGGAUCUUCUAUCUGAAGCUGGAGGAUCUCGUACCGGCGCCAGCCCUCAUCGAGAACAUGUUCGUCACCACAUUGCCCUUCUAAGGGCGAUCAAGCGUAUCAUCAUAACUUUGCUUCCUUAAACUAGAAUCUAAGCUAUGCCCUUUAUAAUUUACAUAGGAAGGUCCCAAUUAGCUUUAGUAGAACCCAGAAAUAUAUAAAUCUCACAAAAAUAAAACCGAAAUAAAAUGCAGACCCAGGCCAUAUCUAUAGUGUAGUGGUAGAUAGUUUGCCGGACAGCCCCGGCUCCUUCGAUAAUUACGGACAUGAAUAUUUGACAGCGGGUUUCCAGUGUAAAGCCAGCUCCUGCGUGACUCGUCAGCACUGGAAAUUACAACUUGUUGACGUUAAUUGUCAAAUUGUUUAAUUUCGACUGUCAGAAUCAAUGGGGCGGCACGCAAUGGAAACACUUUCUAUAUCCCCAGACUCAAAGCUUGCUCAACAUUCGGCUUUAACGGACAGACGGACGGACGGACGGACAGAACGCUCUCUUGCCUUUUUGCUAACUUCUAGUCAAUUGUUUUAGGCAAAAACAAAUAAAUAAAAAAUAAAAGCAUGCAGCAGAAGUGUUAUAUAAUUUAUACCCUAGAAUAGACCCUAGCAAUUCUCUUCAAGAAUAACCCAGAAAAGGUUCCACAAAUUGGGAUGAAAUUAAAACCAACUGUUUUCUUUCAAUUUCUUUAGUAUGUCUCAAAUAAAUAGAUAAAACUUCAAAUCGUUUGCCAAUUUGUGGAAAUCCACUAUCAUAUAUAUCAUAUCAUAUAGCAAAGCCAUGCUUGCCCUUAGCCAAUAUAUAAACCAGCAUAAAGUUGAUAGCCCAACCAAGUAUUUCCGUUAAGUCCUAGACUAAGGCUCCUAAUAGAUAUAGGCUAAGACUAUUCUGUUCGAUUUACCAGUGCACCAACUAGUGCACGAUGAGAGUUUAAGUACCUUUUUGUGAUGAUUGUGUCUGACACAGAGAGAGUUGCACACAAACACACAAACUAGACUGUAAGCUAACAUAUACGAUAUUAUAAUAAUCUCUAAAGUAAGCCCAAGUAUUCGGUAAUCCAAAACCCUUGUAUAUCCGUAGCUAGUACGUUUUAAACGAGAGAAAAACUUUAUUUAAUCUUAAACCACUUCGACUAAGUUCUCAAAGAAACGCAAAUGGAUCGUUAGAUCUGCCUCUCUCUAUAUGUGUGUGUUAUCUCGAUAGAAAACCCUCUAUGUGAUUUUGUGAUAGAUUGGCAUUGAACUCUAUAAUAUAUAUACACGCAUAAAUAUAUAUUUUUAUGUCUAACUUUUGUAUGGUUUAUUUUAUACGUACCACUUUUCUUUGAUAACAAAAAAGUAUGAAUAAAAAACGAUCAUUAGAUAGCAAAUAUUUCAAAUGUAUGUUAUGAGGAAUUUUCAAAGUACAGCCUUUAGCAACUUUCCAAUUAACGUUUGUAUUAAAAGACAUUUUCUAUGUGUAAAAUUCAAGACUUCUGUAACUAAUUGUAAACUAAAAAGCAAAAACACACAAACCAAUGUGAAUAACAUAUCUCUUCAAGCUUUCGAGUGCACGAAACAUGUUGAACCGAAACAAAAGUGUUACUAAACCUAUUUAAUAUAUUGGCAUACCUGCAUAACUAUACAAUUUAGAUAGAUCAUUAUUAAAUUAUUGUACAUGUAGCACAUCAAAUGUUCGACAACUAGAUUUUGUACCAUCUUUAAGGACAAUUUAGGCCAAGUUAAAUUAAAUAUAAACCAUGAUCUGCAUGCGGCUAAGCUGAAGCUAUAAACAAAUUCAAUGGGGUUAUAUUAAAUUAAAUGGGAAAUUUUGAAGUUUUUAAAAAUUGAUUUCCUAACAAAAGUUCCAGUUUAAAUAUUCGUGUUGAACAGUUUUUGUAGGUUGCCCUUAAAUCUUCUUAUUAAAUACAAUUUAAAAGUGGGAUAGAAUUUCAAAUUGACCCAUUUCAUUUGAUUACACCCACCUCAAACAUUCAUCCUAAGGAAGUUGAAGGGUUUAGAUACCAUAGAGCAAUAUUUCAUAAGAAAAAUGCACCUUAAAUUAACUACAAUUUUAGCGAAAAUAAACCUGAACUUGUAACGGUUAGGAGCGAUAGUGAAACAGGAUUUGACAGGAACAGUAAGGUGACCAAAACAGUUUGAAAAGAGAUGUUAGAUAGGUUCGGGUUCGAAACCCUCAAAGCGAUGCCAUUUUUUAGCCGUUACAACAUUGGAUAUCAAUCAUGCACAUGAAUAUAAAUAUUAUAAAGAUAUAUCUAGCUAUAGGAACCUACUUUGUACCUACACAACAUGGAAACAUCAAACCUACAUGCAUAUUUACACAUAUAUUUUGAAUAGAGCGACUACUUUUACAAGUUAGGUACUUUUGGCACAAAAGCUAUAGAUAUAGCUGGAUAUGGCCAUACCGGAGCGAGCAUAUACAUAUAUAUUUUGGUUUAUUGUUCUUUUGUAAUUUUAUAAAUACAUACAUAUAUACUACGUAAAUGUCAAGUGUGGAUUCAUAUUUUUGAGAUACAGUUACAAAGCGAAACAAAAUAAAUACCGUAAAACGUGAAAUUUUUCGAUGAAACGAUUUUAAAUGAGAACUUUUUAAUAUUGCUAUAAAAUGAAAUAUACACAUGAUAUAAAUAUAUAUUUUACUAUGUAACGGAUAGAAGUAAGCAAGAUGCAGCGCAUAAAGCUUUAUACAAAUUAAAAAAAGAGCAAAAGAAAUUGGCACAAAUUAAAUUUAUAUAGCAACUAGACGUUUUUUUCGAAAGAUAAUGUUAUUCGUAAUAGAGUGCGUCUACUGGAGCAACAGACGCUAUAUCUCCAAUACACAGAACCACACAAUAGUUAAAAUAAGAUAUAUAUCCAAUCCAAUUAUGCGCCUACUACUAGCGAUGAGCAGAAAGAAAAGAGAGGUGAAACCUAAAGACGCUAUAACAAAUAUCUAUUUGAUAGAUGAUAGCCCGUUAUGUAAUUUUACUCUUAUUUGAUCGUUUCAUUUAGCAGUUAAGUAUCCAAAACAGUACGCAUAUGAGUGUUAUGAAAAAAAAAACCUAUUACUUGCAAUUCAAUUAACUCUGCAAUAAGAUACCAAGCAAAGCGAAUCAUUUCAUUUCGAUUUAAAUUUAAAUUUACAUUUAAUUUUAAUAAAAAUGUAAGCCCAAAACAAAAGUUUUUCUAUAUCUGUCUUUUGAGCAAAUUAGUUAUACGAGAAACCAAACCGUAUUUACA